AAAUAUUAAACAAACGUAGCUACCUACCCAUAUGUCUGCAAAAAUAUAAUUUUAAUUUUUUCCCCAAAUUUUUGCUACUCAAAAAGAACAACUUUUAAUCGGCGGCGACUGUGAUCUCGCCGGAAAAUCUUUUGCCGGCUAAGUAUGUUGUCAUCUACAUUGAAACCAGUAGUGAGUUCACUUCCUACAGUGUCAGAACCAAAUGGCUCUCAAACAAGAUCAGCACCUUCAUUAGCAAUGUUGAAGCUGAACAAAACUAUCUUUUCUCCCCUUCAGUUGACAGGCAAUGGAAAGGAGUUACCUCGGCAGGAGACAACCGCAACUGCUGUUUCAAGAAGAGAAUUGAUAGGUUUGGCAGCUACAACAUUAGGUGGACUUGCCCUUUUCGCUGCAGAACCUGCUGAGGCUGUUGAAAUAGCUGAUAUCGGGAACUCAAUCAAGGAGUUGUUUGGAUUUCUCAAAGGCAAACCAAAAACAGGAGCUGACAACGAAAAUAAACCAAAGAGCGAAACUGAUGACAAGAAACCAAAAAUAGAAACCCUUGGAAACAAACCAAAGAUUGAAGCUGAUGAAAAGAAGUCAAAAGUUGAUAACCAUGGAAACAAACCAAAGGUUGAAGUUGAUGAAAAGAAGCCAAAAGAUGAAGACGAUAAGAAGGCGGCAUCAACCCCUCAUCACUCAGAGAAGGAAAAAGUGUCAUCUUCUUCUGCUGAUGCACCAGCCCUUCCCAGCAUUUUGAAUAACACAGUUACCUAACUUCUCAUUUACAAAUGCUGUUGUGCUCAGAUACAUUUUCAAGAAACUUGACAAUCUUUUCUAAUGCUACAAUUCAUUGUUGCUAAACUCAUGUCUAAAUGAAACCUUAGACAAGGUUUGUAUAGGUCAAUGAGUUAAAUGUCAAGACUAUUGAAGUACUUUUCAUUUCAAAGAUUCUCAUUUUAUCUGUC